AUGAGACUCUUCAGUUCUGCCCUCAUCCUGGCAUCUUGCCUAUCAACAACCUCCGCAGCGGCGGCCUAUACGUCCCCAGUCAAUAUCAUCGACGUGGAUGUUGCAAUCAUUGGCGGCGGUGCAUCUGGUAUCCAUGCAGCCAUCAACCUCAAGGAUGCUGGAGCAAAGGUUGCUGUGAUUGAGAAACAGGACAAGAUCGGAGGUCAUGCUGAGACAUACAUCAACCCCAAGACAAAGGCGGCGGCCAACGUUGGUGUUGUCAUAUUUGAGAACAGCAAGACUGUCCAAAAGUAUUUCGACCGCCUUGGCGUUGAGACUAUCGUCAGAAGUCCUCUCGUCUCUGACAAAGAGACCAAACAAUAUGACUUUUCUCUCGGCAUCCCCAUUCCCCCUCCAGAUAAGGCUACCGCCGAUGCCAAAGCAAAGGCUAUAGCUUCUGCGAUACAAUCCUACAGCCAAAACGUCUUGACAAAGUAUCCUUGGAUCGACCAAGGUUAUACUUUUGUUCCCAACCCUGUGCCCAAGGAGCUUCUUCAGCCUUUCUCACAGUUUGCUAAACAAAACAACUUCACUGAUCUCCUCUCUCUCAUCUCUCAGUUUGGCUGGUACCCUGGAAACAUCACCACCAUUCCUGCUCUCUACGGGAUCAAGAAGUUUGGACCUGGCUUGUUGCAGAGUGUCACCAAAGGAUUUAUUGUCCCAAAAACUGGCAAUGCUCGAACUAUCUAUGAUGCUGCGGCCCUUGAGCUCACUGAUGAGAUUUACCUUGACUCGGAUGUCAAGAGUGUCAAGAGGAGCAAACAUGGUGUUGUUGUUACCAUUAAACAACAUGGGAAGUACGUUACCUUCAAGGCACGCAAGCUUCUUGUUGCCAUUCCCCAGACUCUGAAGAACGUCGGUUCAUUUGAUCUUGCCCCACACGAAAGGAACAUAUUCUCGAAGUUCUCUGCCUAUGGCUAUGUCGCAGGUGUCGCCAACAUCGCCGGUGUCGAUGUCAACCUUCAAAACGUCGGCGCUUUCACACCGGCCCAUACACCUGUCAUCCCUGGAAGCAACGGCUACAACAUCCCUCCCGGCUUUUCAGAGCAAUUCCUUCUCGGUGUAGCCUUUGACAAUGCCGACUACAGUCUCGCUGAUGCCAAGGCUGUCAUUCGAAGGGAACUCACGAAUCUUGCUCGUGUAGGUGCUGUCCCAGCUGGUGCAGCGAAGAAGGUCACAUUUCCUGUCCUCGUCAAUCAUGCACCUUUCGAACUCCAUGUUUCUUCCAAGGAGAUUGGUGAUGGCUUCUUUGAGGAGCGUGUGUGUAAUUGA